GAUCAACAAAUUGAUGCUCGUGAGCUCCAAACCUGCUUAACAUCUUCAGGAAUUGGUGGUUCAUAUCAACAGUUCAGUUUAGAGACUUGCCGUAUUAUGAUCAAUAUGCUUGAUAGAGAUUAUUCUGGCAAAAUGGGUUUUACUGAGUUCAAAGAAUUAUGGAAUGCACUAAAUCAAUGGAAGACUACAUUUAUGAUUUAUGACAGAGAUCGAUCUGGUACAGUAGAGCCUCAUGAAAUGCAUCAAGCUAUAGCUUCUUGGGGAUAUAAUUUGAGUGGUCAAGCGCUUAAUAUCAUUAUAAAAAGAUAUUCUGAUAAUGGUCGAAUUAAGUUCGAUGACUUUGUUUCUGCAGCUAUAAGGUUGCGAAUGUUAACAGAUCAUUUUCGACGUAGAGAUGCCACUCAAUCAGGAUAUGCUAGUUUUGCUUUUGAUGAUUUCAUUCAAGUGACAAUGUUUUCAUAAGAAGACAAUCUUAUGAAGAAAACCUAUUGCACUGAAGAUUUUUAUGUCUGUCAUUUAGUGAUAAAUUUUUUUGAUUUUUUUCUA